GGACCAGGGUGGAUUGGCGCACCUGUGCCCACUUUAAUUUGGCGUUUGGUUGUGUUUGCAGAACUAUUGAAAGCGUCGGCGGGAAGGAAACACAUUUCACCCCGCUUCAGGGAAGGGGUCUCUUCUGACCAUGUCUCCCACGGCUGCUGCUGAGCCCAGUGGGGACCAGCAAGAAAGGCAUGUCAGCAAGCUCGUUUUCUUCCUCUUUGUCUUUGGUGCCAUCCUGUUGUGUUUGGGAGUCCUGCUGUCCAUCUUUGGGUUCCAGGUAUGCCAAUAUGGAGCCUUCCUCAACUGCAGCCCAGUACUGAAGGCCACUGGGCCCACGUGUGCCGUGAUCGGGCUGGGGACUGUGAUCCUGGCCCGCUCCUGGGCACGACUUCAGCUCCUGGCGGGGCACCUUCGAGGCAACCAGGUGGACCCUGAUGGAGCCUUCAUCUGUGGAGAGAGCCGCCAGUUUGCCCAGUACCUCAUCCUUGGGUUUCUCUUCCUGACGAGUGGCCUGCUGAUCAGCAUAGUGGGCAUUUGGAUCCCUGGAUGUGGCUCAGGCUGGGCGCAGGAGCCGCAGAAUGAGACAGACACCGCUGAUUCUGAACCCCAUAUCUGUGGGUUGCUGACUCUGCAAAUCACGGGGCCCUUGAUUGUGCUCGUGGGAUUGUGUUUCUUCGUGGUUGCCCAUGUUAAGAGAAGAAACCGCUUGAGUGUGAGCCAGGAUGCCUCGGAAAGUGAAGAGGGACAGACCCAGAGCACAGAGUCCAUCCAGGUCACUGUAGGUGAUGCGGUGAUAAUAUUUCCACCUCCUCCCCCACCUUACUUUCCUGAGUCUUCAGCUUCUUCGGUAACGCGAAGUCCUCUGGCUAACAGUUUGCUUCCAAAUGAAAGUCCACCUUCAUAUGACAGUAUUUUUAACUAUGGCAGGACCCAAACUCCUGAGGGCCAAGGAGCAGCCUUGGAGAGAGAUUGUGAAUCUAUAUAUACUAUUUCUGGGACUAGUUCACCCUCUGAGUUCUCACCUAUGCCACAUCUUCCAUCUGAAUCACCUCCCAGAUACGAAGAAAAAGAAACCACUACAGCUACAUUCCUGUCACCAUCUUCUGAGCCUUCCCCACCAUGAACUAUGGACUCCAGUUCUGUUUUGUAUGUGAUUGAUCACUAUUUUAUUUAAUUUGUUUUUAAUAAAAAAUAC